CGUCGCUGAAACUGUGGCUUUCAAUUUUGCCACUCAUUUCUGCCUUCCAGCCUUUCUGCUGCUCGGCCUGGCCGAGAAGUAAAAUCCAGCCUCCUUCAAAGGAGGAAAAAGAAAAUAGUGCAAGCAAAAAGUCAUUGAAAACAGUGGCAACUCGCCCAGUAAAUACUCAAUGAAUUCUGCGGGCCAUUGAUAUUAGUGAUUGAAUGUGCCAAGCCCAAUUUAGCAACAGAAAAUGGCCUUGGCCAUGGAUCUCAAACCAAUCUUAGAAGGCCUUGAUCUCGUGUCAUUGGAGUUUGACACUUGGAUCUUAAUAAUGAAACGGAACUUUGAUUUUCUAUUUCACAACGAGCCAUACCAUGCCUUGCAAAUGUUGUUCAAUGUCAAAUCAGGGCAAUUUAUAUGUCGGCAUUUCGGCAAGUCAUUUGCCCAUGGAACCGUUCAAAGUGAGAGCGACCUCCUUUCUCAAUGUAACGAACUAUUUAGUCAGACCAUCCCUUGCAUGGGCACACCUGUGAGCACACCCACUCAGAAUCAAAUGAUCUCAAAUUCUCCCAUCUCGUAUCCAAGGCUCUUUUCUCAUCGAUGUAAGUAUAUUUGCCCCAGAAAUGAAAUCUCAGAGGAUUCGGGCUUUGGAUCCUGUGAGGAGUGCUCGAAUUUCCAGGACCAUUGCCAAUCUGAUGUCAAAGAAGAAGAAGAAGGCUUGGGACAUCAUGAUAGCGAGAUACCUCUGGAAGUUGAGAUAUUUGCCACCAAAAAAGAAGAUGCUGACCCAAUAUUCGGUGACGAGACGACGACCACUUUGCUGUUUUCUGACUCCGAGGAUAUUGACGGUAGCGAACUAAACGGCGAAUCUCUUUCGGAUGUAUCCAUCCAAGAGACCCGUGGAAUUGCGAAAUUGACCAAGCGGCGCCUUCGAACACGGUUUUGUCCUCAUUGUGGAAUGAAAUUUACCAGCGCCUCCGCCCUUAGUGUUCAUCAAAGAGAUGAGCAUCCAGAGUCUCUUGAUGAGGAUUGGUCGGGUUCGAAAGUGCGAAAAAGGGGCCGGCCGCGGCUGGAUAAAAGUGCGAUGAAGCACAACGACUUUAAGUGUACAAUAUGUGACAAAAUAUGUCUUUCCAAUCAAGCUUUGACCCGCCAUCUUCGCUUAGUUCACUUUUAUGGUAAUUUCAAGUGCCUGGUAUGUCCGAUUACCUUGAAUUUUGCCCAAGACCUAACCGAUCAUAUGCAAAGACUCCAUCUAGAGGAUUCUUUGCCGCAAUGUCCCAGUUGCAAGGAGUUGAUUGCCAUCGAUGUAGACACCCAAAGUUUGGUUGACCACUAUAAAACUUGUAUAGUCAGAAAGAUCAAGCAGCAGUCUUUGAACAGUAUUCGGAAGUACACCGAAAAACGCAAGGAUGAUCCAAAGGUGACACAUCAAUGCGAUUUAUGUGGCAAGACCUUUAGCCAAAGCUGCUACCUUAAGAAUCAUCGGAUUGCUCACCAUGGGGGUGAAUUGCCUUUCAAAUGCAAAGAGUGCGAUUUUGCGACGGUUUACAAGCAGAGUCUCCAGAAUCAUGUCAAACUUCACCUUCGUAAAAUGGGUCACCAGGAAGAAGAUGGCCAAGAUCCUUUAUGGUUUUAUUGCGAUCAAUGUGGUAAUAAGUAUGUGAGUCAAGACUCCUUGAAACUGCACAUCCGCAAUGUGCACGACAAGAUCAUUCAACAUUUCCCGUGUCAAUCAUGUGAUAAAAUCUUCCAAACCAAGAAAAUGCUCUUAAAACACACAGCAGUUGAGCAUACCAAACAGAAGUUCCCUUGUCAGUUUUGCGGCAAAGUUUGGCCCGUGAGAAACGAAUUGAGUACUCAUGUGCGGGUUGUUCACACCGAAGCCAAGUUCAAAUGCCGAUUUUGCGACAAGAAGUUCAAAAAGCGGUCCGGGUUAUUGGCCCACGAGCGCAUUCAUACUGGCGAGAAUCCUUACAAAUGUCCUCUGUGUGACUACACUUGCAAAUCAAGCGCCACUCUCAGCUUACACAAGAAGUUCAUCCAUAACUCUGGAAGAAAUCUAACUCAAUUGCCUAUACCGGCAUUACAAAAAGAAUCUGUGACAUAAAGUUCUCGAGUCAAAAUAGUUGUAAUUGAAAUGAAUAUAUUUAACUUGGACCCGU